UUGUCAUUGGAGGUUUGUUUGCAGUUCAUGGCAAAAUGCUACAUCCAGAAGAACACCCCAUGAGACCAGUGAUUCAGAAUUGUGCUGGUUUUCACCAAACAGAUUAUCAGUGAUUGGACGACUAACAAAGUGAAUAUCAGUGUAAAUGGGACAGGAUCUGAGGCUCAAAUAGGGAAAGAACAAGUAGACAAGUUAGAUGUCUUCAACUCGGCAGAGCCUGACAAAAUACAUUCUAGACUGAUUAAGGAACUGGCUGAAGAGAUCUGUGAGCCAUUAGCAAUUAUCUUUGAGAGGUCGCAGAGGCUGGGAAAGAUCGUAGAGGACUGGAAAAUUAUCUAUCUAUAAAAAGGGGAAUAAGGACAACACAGGGAAUUAUAAAUCAGUCAUCUUAACUUCGCUAUGCAGAAAGAUAAUGGAACAAAUAAUCAAUAGUCCAACAAUCAAUUUGUAAGCAUCUAGAAGUUUCGAAAUUCAAGUGUUUCUUCAGACUCUUGCGAUGAUACAUGCCAUUGAAAUGAUCAACAAUUCAACGCUGUUAUCUGGAAUUAUACUGGGCUAUGAAAUCUAUGACACUUGUGCAGAAGUUACAAAAGCCAUGGGAGCAGCUUUGAGGUUCCUGGCUAAAUUCAAUGCUUCCAAGGACACAGUAGAAUACAAGUGUAACUAUUCAGACUACAUACCAAGAAUUAAGGCUGUCAUAGGAUCCAGCUACUCUGAAAUAGCAAUGGCAGUUUCAAGGAUAUUGAAUUUGCAACUAAUCCCACUGGUUAGUCACGCAUCAAGCGCUGAAAUCCUCAGUGACAAAAUCCGCUUUCCUUCCUUCUUACGCACUGUGCCUAGUGAUUUUUAUCAGACGCGAGGAAUGGUCCGCUUGAUCCACAGGUCUGGAUGGAACUGGAUUGGAUUAAUAGCCACCGAUGAUGACUAUGGGCGUUCUGCUCUGGAGAGCUUUGGGAUACAGGCCAUGGCGAACAAGGUCUGUAUCGCUUUUAAAGAAAUGUUGCCAGCCUAUCUCUCUGAUGGCACCAUUAAUGCCAAAGUUAAUCAAGCACUCGAGAAGAUUGUCAAGGAAACCAGGGUAAAUGUAAUCGUUGUCUUUCUCAGACAAUUCCAUGUGACGAAACUAUUUAAAAAAGCAAUUGAGAGGAACAUACAUAAAAUCUGGAUUGCAAGUGAUAACUGGUCAGCUGCCGUCAAGAUUACUAGCAUUCCCAACAUCAAGCACCUUGGAACAGUUGUGGGAUUUGCAUAUAAAAGUGAAAACAUGUCUACUUUUCAUGAUUUCUUGAAAACCCUGCAUUUGCAACCCACUGAAAACAACAUGUUCUUAAAAGAAUAUAGCGUGCUUUUGUCAACCUGCGCACAUGUGGAGGACCAGGAUUUGAACAAGUGCAUUUCAAAUUAUUCUCAGGAGAAUCUGAUCUACCAGGCUGGGAUACGCAGUCAGAUCUGGAGAGAUGAUUUUCUGAUGGACAACAUUGAGCCAGGAUUUAUCCAGAGUACUAUGCUCGCAGUCCAUGCUAUUGCAUAUGCUGUACGGGAGCAGUGCAAAGACAGAGACUGCAAGAAUCCGGUUGCUUUUGCCCCCUGGGAACUGCUUGAAGAACUUAAAAAAGUAACAUUCACUGACAAUGAAAAAGAAGUUCAUUUUGAUGCCAAAGGAGAUCUUAACAUGGGAUAUGAUGUGCUCCUCUGGAAGGAAAUCAGUGGCCAUAUGGUGAUCACUGAGAUAGCAGAAUAUGACCUGCAGAAAGAUGACUUCAUCUUCAAGGAUGAGGAGAAAGAAAUGGAGUUUCUGAAUUUUCAGAAAGUUAAAUCAACAUGCUCCAGGAAAUGUAGACCAGGGCAAAUGAAGAAGGUUUCAGCCAGUCCACACACAUGCUGCUAUGAGUGUGUGAACUGCCCAGAAGACCAUUACACUAAUCAGACGGAUAUGGAUUACUGCUUUCUGUGCAACAACAAAACUCACUGGGCACCUGUGAACAGUACUACAUGCUACAAAAAGACAGUCGAAUACCUCAGCUGGAAUGACUGGUUUGCUAUUUUGCUAAUAAUCCUCUCUGGCCUUGGAGUUGUGUUGAUUUUUGCAAUUAGCACAAUAUUUACUAGAAACCUGGAUACCCCUGUCGUAAAAGCAUCAGGUGGUUUAACUGUUUGUUAUGUUAUUCUCCUCUGCCACUUCUUCAUUUUUGCUAGCACCGGCUUUUUCAUUGGUGAGCCAAGGGAAUUCAAAUGCAAAAGCCGGCAAGCUUUCUUUGGCAUCAGCUUUGCACUCUGCAUCUCGUGUAUUUUAAUGAAGUCACUGAAAAUUUUACUGGCCUUCAGCUUUGAUCCCAAAUUACAGAAUUUUCUGAAGUGUCUCUACAAACCUAUUCCUAUUGUGGUCACCUGCACUGGAAUUCAAGUUGUCAUUUGCACUUUUUGGGUAAUAUUUAGAAGCCCUUUUGUUGAGCAAAAAUUCUUUAUUCGAAGAGUUAUUAUACUGGAAUGUAAUGAAGGUUCUAUUGUGGCUUUUGGGGUCAUAUUAAGCUACAUAGCUGCUCUGGCCUUCAUUUGCUUCAUAUUUGCCUUUAAAGGCAGGAAAUUACCUGAGAAUUACAAUGAAGCUAAAUUCAUAACCUUUGGCAUGCUCAUUUACUUCAUAGCUUGGAUUACAUUCAUCCCUGUCUAUACAACUACGUUUGGUAAAUACCGGCCAGCAGUUGAGAUCACUGUUAUUUUAAUAUCAAAUUAUGGAAUUCUAUGCUGCAACUUCCUUCCUAAGUGCUACAUCAUUCUUUAUAAGCAAGAAACAAACACAAAAUCUGCAUUUCUUGAAAUAAUUUACAAUUAUUCUUCCAAAAGUGUAGGCAGCCUUACUGUUAACCAAAUUUCUUCGGAGUCUAACUGUACAAACCCCCAAUAUCCCAUCACAAACUCUUGUUGUAAAUCUGAAAAAAACUCUGUGAAUGGCAACUGCCACUUUGAAGUCUCCAAACAUAGUCUCAUAAGAGAGAAAGUUCCUCCGAAAAACACUGCUGGGCCAAUAUCAAGGAAGAGAUUGUCUAGCAUAUGACUGUGUAGCAUUGGAGUAGCUAGAUAGGGAAAGAGUAACUUCAGUAAGCCAGAUCUUCUCAAGGUCUCCUGCCCCUUGGCUCUCCCCAAGGCCCUGUCCAGCCCACAGGGGAUGUGGUCUUCUAGGAUGCAUAAACAGCUGCACAUUGGUAUGACAGUUCAGGAGAAGCUCUCCCCUCCCCACCCCCAAACAACAACAACAACAAUAACCCAACACAAAAACAAAACACCACCAACCAUCACAUCCUAUCCUCAGGCAGAAAGAGGAGAGUGGAAAAUGCUCAGACACCAGCGUGAUAAGUAACCAAAGUCAAAGAGACAGGCCUGUAGCAAAAAUGAAAGCCUUCCCCACAGUUCUCUAUCUGCAGUUAUUGUCAGUCCCCUUCUCUCCCACAAAUCCUCCCACACAAGGCUGUAACUCCUAUGCAUGAGGAGGGAAGACCGUGUCAGGAGAACCUGUCCCAGAUUGCUUGUCCAGAGGUGUUGACCUUUUCCAAAUAAGGGAACACUCUGUGUUAAAACAUGAUAAUGGCACUUACUUCAACACUAAAGAAUUCCCCAUCUCAUUUGGAUAAAUCAUUCGAUGGCUGGGAUCAAUGAAAAAUGUCAUGAAAAUUUUAGCUUUUAUAAUACUAGUAAAGAAGUCAGAUCUUGAAAGAAAAAUGACAAUGAACUCUUUCUGACACCAAGCAAUAGCACAAAGUUUGACAGAUAUUAAAUAAGAUUGUAAAGAAUACUUAGUUAGUUAUACCAUUAACCUGCAAAAUUGGAAAAUAUCACUUUAUAUUUUAACUUCUACACAAUGGUAGUCCAAAAUUACACAGAUUUUGUAAAUAUAACUUUUGGAUAGUGGGCCUGAUUCUCACUUUUACCGGCAUAAAUCUAAGUAACUUGAAGACAAGGAAGAUCAAAAUCAAGCCCGCUGAUUCCAGUGUCAUUUUACUUACAUCUCUAUUCGCAAUCUACUAAACAUGAAAAUGAAUACUUUUAUAUUAUACUUUUGUAGUGUUUUAACAGUGUAUAUUAAAACAAACCUUUGAUUUUUGUGCUAAAAUAGGUAAUGCGGUAUGUUAUUUUUCUUAUUAUAGAUCCCUUUCAACAAUAAGCAUAUGCUAUACAGUGAUUUUGACAUGAAAAUGUACACUCAUUUAUGAGUGUGAAUUAUAUGGGUGCAACUUAUGUACAGGAAUGAGCAAAUGUGCGUACAAUUUGAGCCUGAUUAAAAGUAUAUAUAUAUAGAUGAUUGUCAUGUAUAAGCAGCAAUGUGUUAAGAGUUCUGUUCUGAAUGUAAAACAUUUUGUAUUGUAAAUCUGAAAUUGCUGGAGUUUAGCUGCUUCUGCAACAGCAAAACUCAUGAAAAAGAGAGAAACAAAGCUCAUACUAUGCUGGUCAUUUUUUAGCAUCUGGCCAGUCAAAGGAAGCAAUUGGAUAGACCACUGUAGGCAUAUAUGUAUGUUGCUUUCAGAAAUGUUAAGACUAGGAUAUCUUGAACAUAUAAGAAAAUGAUAUGAUUAAUGUAAUAAAAUGUAUUAUUUAAAAUGGCA